UUUGUUGCCGCACCAGUUUCAUGCCAGUUUCGGGGCGGAAAGCUCUCGUCGUAUUCAUAAGGCGGGACUACUGCUCGGUUGUACAUUUUGAUUGGGGUUAUUUCUCUCUGAGGCUUAAGUAAAAACCAUCUCCUCGUACCCGGUUGGUCCCCUAGCAGAAAGCCCUGCUCCGGGCUGAAGUCACCGCCUUGCCCUCACUGCUCUCUGUUUUAUUCUGAGCGAGAGGUGUGUGUGGCUCUGUAGCGAGAGCGGUGCACUGAUAGAAACCGCAUAUGCGGUAGGCUACACACCUAUCAGGCAGGAAAAUACCGGAGAACCAGUCUCAUCCUGGUCCUUCCCGCAGCACAGCAUUAUCCACGACUCAGCAGAACCUGAAGUGCCAGUAGUACCAUGUCCAGACCAGUAGGGGGCAGUGACAAUGAUGUCACCCACUUCCUAUCAUCGGGGGUGGGGCCAGGGACUAACACCUCCAACUCUGUGUUCUCUGCUGCCAGUCAGGCCGACUGGGCAGCCAAGAGGCUGGUGUGGGUGCCAUCGGAGAAACUUGGCUUUGAGUCGGCCAGUAUUCGUGAGGAGCGUGGUGAUGAGGUGGAGGUUGAGCUUACAGACAGCCAGCGGCGGGUGACUCUGUCCAGGGAGGAGGUGCAGCGAAUGAACCCUCCACGUUUCAGUAAAGUGGAGGACAUGGCUGACCUCACCUGCCUCAACGAAGCCUCAGUGCUGCACAACCUGAGAGAAAGAUACUACUCUGGCUUGAUCUAUACUUAUUCCGGGCUGUUCUGUGUGGUGGUGAACCCUUACAAGAACCUGCCCAUUUACACAGAGUCCAUCGUCGAGAUGUACCGCGGCAAAAAACGUCAUGAGAUGCCCCCACAUAUCUACGCCAUAUCAGAGGCUGCCUAUCGCAGUAUGCUACAAGACAGAGAAGAUCAGUCCAUCCUCUGCACAGGGGAGUCUGGAGCAGGGAAAACAGAGAACACUAAGAAAGUCAUCCAGUAUUUGGCUCACGUUGCCUCCUCUCAUAAGGGUGGCACUCCUGGUAGGAGCAAAGAAGCCGCACAGGUGGAUGGGUCUAGGUCUUUAACAAGAGGGAGUACUAUGGUGAACAGGAGUAUGCUUUAUGGUGAGCUGGAGAAACAGUUACUGCAGGCCAACCCCAUACUGGAGGCCUUUGGCAAUGCGAAGACUGUCAAGAAUGACAACUCUUCUAGAUUUGGUAAAUUUAUCCGCAUUAAUUUUGAUGUUACGGGGUACAUUGUUGGUGCCAACAUUGAGACCUACCUCCUUGAAAAGUCCCGGGCCACCCGUCAGGCCAAAGAUGAGAGGACAUUCCAUGUCUUUUACCAGAUGUUGUGUGGUGCUUCAACGGAAACUAGAGCGGACCUGCUUUUAGGGACAGCUGAUGAGUACCGCUUUCUCAGUGGAGGCUCCAUCCCUCUUCCUGGUCAGAGUGACUCCGAGAACUUCACUCAGACCAUGGACUCUAUGGCCAUCAUGGGCUUCACCCCAGAAGAGUCAACAUCCAUGCUGAAGGUGAUCUCUGCUGUGCUCCAGUUUGGGAACAUUACCUUCAUGAAGGAGAACAACCAGGACCAGGCGUCUAUGCCUGAUGACACAGCUGCUCAGAAACUGUGCCAUCUGCUGGGUAUGAAUGUGCUAGAGUUCACUCGGGCCAUCCUCACUCCCAGGAUUAAAGUGGGUCGAGAGUAUGUGCAGAAAGCUCAGACUAAAGAACAGGCUGACUUUGCUGUGGCGGCCUUGGCGAAGGCUACAUAUGAGCGUCUGUUCAGAUGGUUGGUUUACAGGAUCAACAGAGCUCUGGAUCGCAGGCAGAGGCAGGGAGCCUCCUUUAUAGGUAUCCUGGACAUAGCCGGGUUUGAGAUCUUCCAGCUGAACUCCUUUGAGCAGCUGUGUAUCAACUACACCAAUGAGAAGCUGCAGCAGCUCUUCAACCACACCAUGUUCAUCCUGGAACAGGAGGAGUACCAGCGGGAGGGCAUUGAAUGGAACUUUAUUGACUUUGGCCUAGACUUACAGCCCUGCAUUGACCUCAUUGAGAAGCCGACCAACCCACCUGGUGUUCUUGCCCUGCUUGAUGAAGAGUGCUGGUUCCCUCGGGCGACAGACCGCUCAUUUGUGGAGAAGCUGUCUACUGAGCAAGGCAGCCAUGCAAAAUUCUUCAAAUCAAAGCAACCACGUGGAGAAGCUGAUUUUUCCAUUAUUCACUAUGCUGGAAAGGUGGACUAUAAGGCAAAUGAUUGGUUGGUGAAGAACAUGGAUCCACUGAACGAUAAUGUGGCGUCUCUUCUCCACCAGUCAUCCGAUCAUUUUGUCUCAGAACUGUGGAAGGAGGAUAUUCAAACUCUUCCUCGUGUGUACUUCUUUGACUCCUAUGCCACAAUACAGACCAAUGGUGCAGACAUUGACAGGGUUGUGAGACUGGACCAGGUGUCCUCGGGAGAAAGCAGUGGGCCUGUCACAUUCGGAGCAGCGGGACUGAAGACAAAGAAGGGAAUGUUCAGGACUGUUGGUCAGCUCUACAAAGAAUCCCUCACCAAGCUGAUGGCCACUCUGAGGAACACAAACCCCAACUUCCUUCGCUGCAUCAUCCCCAACCAUGAGAAGAAGGCUGGCAAGCUGACCCCCCACCUGGUUUUGGACCAGCUGAGGUGUAAUGGAGUUUUGGAGGGGAUCCGUAUCUGCAGACAAGGCUUCCCUAACCGCAUCCCUUUCCAGGAGUUCAGACAGAGAUAUGAGAUCCUGACUCCUAAUGCCAUUCCUCGCACAUUCAUGGAUGGCAAACAGGCAUCAGAACUCAUGAUCAAAGCUUUGGAGCUGGAUCACAACUUGUACAGGGUGGGUCAGAGUAAAAUCUUCUUCAGAGCUGGAGUCCUGGGUCACCUGGAAGAAGAAAGAGACCUAAAAAUCACUGACAUCAUCAUACGCUUCCAGAGCGCUGCUAGAGGUUACCUCGCACGCCAAGCCUUUGUGAAGAAACAGCAGCAGAUGAGCUCUGUGAGAGUGAUGCAGAGGAACUGUGCCGCUUACCUCAAACUCAGGAACUGGCAGUGGUGGCGGCUGUUCACAAAGGUGAAGCCCCUGCUGCAAGUGAGCCGGCAAGAUGACGAGAUCCAGGCUAGGGAAGCUGCACUCCAGAAGGCCAACGAGAAGAUCACCCGAGUGGAGCAGGACUACACUGAGCUGGACAAGAAACACGCUCAACUGAUGGAGGAGAAAGCAAUGCUGGCUGACCAGCUGCAGGCAGAGGCUGAGCUGUUUGCAGAGGCAGAAGAGAUGAGGGCCAGACUGGCCAAUCGUAAGCAAGAGCUGGAGGAAGUGCUGGGCGAGCUGGAGAGUAGACUGGUGGAAGAGGAGGAGAGAGGUGUGCAGCUGACCAAUGAGAAGAAGAAGAUGCAACAGACCAUACAGGACCUGGAGGAGCAGUUAGAAGAGGAGGAAAGUGCCCGGCAGCGCCUCCUGCUGGAGAAAGUUUCUUUGGAGACCAAAGUGAAAAGUCUGGAAUCCGACCUGCUGACUGCAGUGGAACAGAAGGAACGACUCAGCAAGGAGAAGAAACUGUUAGAGGAGCGUAUGAGUGAAGUGAACGACCAGGUCACGGAGGAAGAGGAGAAAGCAAAGAGUCUAAGCAAACUCAAGAAUAAACAGGAGGCCAUGAUCGCUGACCUAGAGGAGCGUCUGAAGCGUGAGGAGCAGGGUCGCUUAGAGCAGGAGAAGUGGAAGAGGAGGAUGGAGAGUGAGUCAGUGGAGAUCCAGGAGCAGCUGACUGAUCUUAGCAUGGUCACUGCUGAGCUGAGGAGCAGUCUGGCUCAGAAGGAAAAGGAAAUCACCACCUUACAGGGCCGGUUGGAGGAUGAGGGAGCCUGUCGUGCUGAAGCUCAGAGGGCACUGAGGGAGGCCAUGUCUCAGGUGUCUGAGCUGAAAGAGGAAGUGGAGAAUGAGAGAGGGAUGAGGGAAAGGGCAGAGAAACAGAGGCGGGACCUGGGGGAGGAGCUGGAAGCUUUGAGAACUGAGCUGGAGGACACUUUGGACACCACGGCUGCCCAGCAGGAGCUUAGAUCUCGUCGAGAGACGGAGGUAAAUGAGCUCCAGCGACGUAUUGAAGAGGAGACUCGCCGCCAUGAUCUCCAGUUAUCAGAAAUCAGAGUGAAACACAGUGCUGCUAUAGACAGCCUCCAGGAACAGCUGGACAACAGCAAGAGAACACGUCAGUCCCUGGAUAAGGCCAAAGCAGCGCUGGAGGAAGAGAAGCAGAAUUUGAUCUCUGAGCUCAAGAGUCUCCAAGCGAGUCGCACAGAAAGUGAGAGAGGUCGUAAGAGGGCCGAUAAUCAGCUGCAGGAACUCAGUGCUCGCCAGGCUCAGACUGACAGAGAAAGGGAGGAUAUGGAGGAGCGUAUGCACAAGCUGCAGUGUGAAAUUGAGUCUCUCUCCAGCAAUUUGUCCUCCACUGAAAAUAAAUCUCUACGACUCUCUAAAGAGAUGAGCAGCCUGGAGAGCCAGCUGCGCGAUGCAAAGGAGUUGCUGCAAGAUGAAACUCGGCAGAAGAUGGCUCUGGCCUCAAGGGUGCGAACACUGGAGGAGGAGAAGAACGGACUGAUGGAGAGACUCGAAGAUGAGGAGGAAAGAACCAAAGAGCUAUCACGACAGAUUCAGACUCACACCCAGCAGCUGGCUGAGCUUCGCAAGCAGUCGGAAGAGGUGAACACUGCAGUGGAAACUGGAGAAGAGAUGCGCAGGAAGCUCCAGAGAGAGCUGGACAGUGCUGUCCAGAUGGGGCGCCAGAAGGAAGAGGAGAAGGAGAGAGUGGAGAGGCAGAGGGAGCGACUGAGGGAGGAGAUAGAGGACAUGACACUGGCCCUGCAGAGGGAGAGGCAGAACUGCAUGGCCCUGGAGAAGAGGCAGAAGAAGUUUGACCAGUGUCUGGCAGAGGAGAAAGCAGUGAGUGCUCGAUUGGCAGAAGAGAGGGACAGAGCAGAAGCAGACAGCCGAGAGAAGGAAACAAGACAUAUGUCACUGUCUCGAGCCCUGCAGGAGGCCCAGGACCAGAGAGAGGAGCUAGAGAGAAUCAACAAACAGCUCCGUAUGGAAAUGGAACAGCUUGUAAACCAGCAGGAUGAUGUCGGCAAGAACGUUCAUGAGCUGGAGCGAUCCCGGCGGAACUUGGAAACAGAAGCCCAGAACCUACGAGUUCAGACGCAGGACCUGGAGGAGGAGCUGGCAGAGGCAGAGAACUCGAGGCUAAGGCUGGAGGUCACCCUGCAGGCACUUAAGGCUCAGUUUGAGAGGGAGGUCAGCAACAGCCAGGAGAAGGGAGAGGAGAAGAAGAGGAUGCUCGGCAAACAGGUGAGAGAUUUGGAGCUCCAGCUAGAGGAGGAGAGGAGUCAGCGGUCUCAGGCUGUGUCAUCCAAGAAACAGCUAGAAACAGAACUGCAGGAAGCUGAGGCCCAGGUGGAGGCAGCCAACCGUGGCAAAGAGGAGGCUGUGAAGCAGCUACGCAGGGUGCAGGGUCAAUUGAAGGAAGUUCUUCGCGAGCUGGAUGAGACCAAGUUGGCUCGGGAUGAGGUUUUAGCUCAGUUGAAAGAAAGCGAGAAGAGAAUCCAAACCCUGGAGGCAGAAGUCCUGCAAUUCACAGAGGUGUGUGUGCAUUUAAGUGAAACCUAGCAGAAAUCGAUACCA